AUGUGGAGGCAGGUUGUAUAGGAUUAAAGACUGAUAAAUAGAAAAAGAGGAGAGUGAGCUGAGAGAGCGCUGUGGGCAGAUUAGAGUAUAAAGACCAGGAGACACAAGCCGUCUGUCUUUUAUUAACUCUGAGCAGGUAAGCUGGAGUUUAGGCGUGUAGGUGCUUACAUAGCAUGAACAAGUGGACACCAGUGGACCAGGACACCAGUAAAUUCAGUAGUAAAGGGUUUUGAAAGAAAAAACAAUUCCGGUCCCUGUCACGAUUCCAAUUUCAGCACAUCAGUCCUGCCUACUUCUUUAAAAAGUCCAACCAGUCCAAACCUGCAGAACGUUUGAUAAAUCCCAGCAUUCACUUCCUCAGACACGCCCGUCUGCCCUCACAGACAUUUUGUUUGCAUGGUGGUCUUUUCAAUCCCGAUCCCUGCUACUGCGCAGAACCUUGACCAUACCCAUCUGCGUCUGGAGAGAUUUUGAUUAGUUCCACCUAAUCCUGCAGUUUGAAAUGUCUCCUCCCACAUUAGUUUCCAGCUACCCAUUAUAUUUUCAGACAAACCUUGUAGACCUAUUCAUCAGAACUUUACAAAAUAAUGUUUCAAAACCAGUAAGACUAGGGAUGGGUACAGAGAAGCGAUAUGUAAUUGGGUGAAUACCGGACUACCGAUAAGCUUCAGGACAAAUGAUAAGGUUUUUUCGAGACUUGCUUUGUUUUAUCUGUGCAUACUUUGGUGUUAAUGGCGAUUUAGAAGCUGCAUUUUCCAUGUGCGAUGUGUGUUCGUGCGCAGGCAAUCGGUCAUAGUGUGGGCUCACGUUACAAAACUAAGCGACACCAGUGUCACAAUUCGAUAUAUACAGUAGUGUGAUAGUGAACAAUGGAGGCAGCACUAGUACUAUGACGAAACCUUUACAAACAAAACACACCUAUCUCAAACAAUACACUCCAUCUCAAGCAAUGUGCUGUAUUUACUAUGUCUCCGUCAUCUCCAACUGCAACUCUCCUGCCUCAGCUUCGAGCAAAGAUUCUUCUGUCUGCCUCGAGGAUGAGAGAAUAAACAUGGAUACACUUAACUGGACGUCUAACAUCGCACAUACAAAUGGCCAAUCUAAUAGCAGCUCCAGUCGCUUUGCCAGCUGGGUCACGUUUGAUGAUGAUGAUGAUGGUGUGGAGGAGCAAGACUACCAACAUACCUCCAAAACAUCCAACAUUAGGAUUGGCCACUCCAACAGUUUUCGUUUACAGGACACCAACAGCAACUUGAUCGUGUCCUCCAUCCAAAACCAGAGUACAAACAGACACAUUCUGGAUUUAACCCCAGAUGGAACGGAUUCUGUGUUUGACUUUGAGAGCCCACUGUUAAACAGCAGCACACCUUACACCAAGAAGAAUCCCUUUCUGCAUGAGGAUUUUUCAAACAUCCCACCCUCUCCUAUUAACCCUUUCAGUGCCUAUUUUAAUAAGACAUCAUCUAACAGCCAUGAAACCCAGGAGACUCCACCGGUGUCCUUGUUCAAUUCCCCUGCGCCUCAUAUUGCCACCCAAAAAGACUCCUUCCUUUUCUUUUCCACCUCAAGGAGUUUAGAUAAUGAGAGUGAGACUAGAACUUAUUCCUCAGGUAUCCUUCAAGAUGACCUAGAUCAGUACAAAAACAUGCAAAACUCUAAUUCUGACCAGGAACCUUCUGUACCAGAUGAAUCUGAGAAUGCAGGGGACGACGAGAGGAUUCCAUACGAGCCUGCUCACAUGGCUCCUCGAGAUGGUUGGCCAAUGCUCCUGCGCAUCCCAGAGAAGAAGAACAUCAUGUCCUCUCGACACUGGGGGCCAAUCUUUGUUAAACUUAGCGAUGCUGGUAAGCUGAGGUUAUACUACGAGAAAGGCCUGGAAAAACACUUUAAGGAGUUCCAGCUCAACACACAACUUGAGAUCUCCGAACACAAAAUGCAGCACUAUGAAGACAGCAGCCGUGUCCAUACUCUCAUUUUAGACCAGGUGGUAUACAAGGAGAAGCGGAAGAUCCAGCCAAAAGUCUGUGUGGUUCACAUCCCUGUGAAGGAGCAAGUGGUAAAGCUGGGGACAACGGACUACCAGGAUUUUCUAAGCUUCAGGAAUGCUUUGCAGGAAAAACUGGCGGUGAUGUCGGCCGAUGCGGACGCCAUCACCUCACCUGUGCCUUACGCCGAAGAGGAGAUUCAGGUCGAAGUUGUCGAUAGCUUUUACGGGGUUCUGUCUAAAGGAGACAACCGUAUUUUACAGCAGCUGAUAAAGACGCGAGUUUCCGUGCUCGCCUUUUUAACAGGCUCACCCCGUUGCCAGUUAGGCCUCAACGAUCUCCAGGUGAAAGGGAAAGAGGUGGUUUCCCGUCAUGACAUCAUCCCCAACACUACCACGCGCUGGAUCCGUCUGCGCGAUUGCCGACUGCACGAAUGCGCAGACGAAUCCGAGUUUACGGAAUCCAGGACCAUCUCCUUUGAGCCCCCAUCCGGACGAAGAUUUGAGCUUCUGCGUUUCCAGACAGCGUACGCAGAGAAGACUCUGCCGUUUACCUUGAAAACAGUGGUCAGCGUUCGGGGUGCUGAGGUGGAGCUACAGUCCUGGCUUGUUAUGUCGACAGGGUUUUCAUCCAAUAGAGACCCUUUAAUGUUAAUUCCAUGUGAAAACGUGGCUGUCCGUUACCCCAUUCCUGAUAUAUGGGCAAAGAACUUCCGCAGGGAGAGUGUGACAGGGGAAAAGUCCUUAAAGGCAUGCUUUAAUAAAGGAGCUAGUUUUGGUUCCACCAGCACUUCAGGGUCAGAACCAGCUAUGCGGAUUACUCUGGGCACUGCCAAGUACGAACAAGCUUUCAGAGCUGUGGUGUGGAGAAUCGGACGACUGCCAGACAAAAACUCAGGGUUGGGUCACCCUCACACCUUUUUCUGCCGUUUGGAGCUGGGCUCUGACUGGGAGGUGCCACACAUGUUCCAGAGCAUGGUGGAGGUGGAGUUCGACAUGCCUGCUGCUUCAGCUUCCAAGACCACUGUCCGAUCUCUGUCUGUCCAAGACCGGGCUGAGCUGAAGAAGUGGAUCUCUUACAAAGCACAUUACUCUUACCAGGUGGAGAUCGAGCAAAAGAACGAGCGUUUGAUGGAGAACCAGGAGCAGGCAGGCCGGUGUGCUCAGCAGUGAGAAGGGAGUCUCUGAUUUCACCUUCUGUUGGGUUAAACGUUGCACUUUGAAUGAAUGAUGAACACUGAACCAUUAUAAAAAAAAAAGGACUGAGGAUCAUAGAUGAGGUUCGGACAUAUUUGGCAUCAAUGACUAAAGUGAAUGAAAUUGGAAAUAAGAUUCGUAUGUGUUAUGAAACUCAUUUUAUAGCUGUAGGUUCAGGACACACAAACCUUUCAGGACAACUGAGUAUGUUCAGUUCUUAAAGCAAAGCAAAAUAUACAGCCUAUGCAAUUUACAGUAGUGUACAAACAUCUUGGCUUUAUUAUUUAUUAUAUAAGAUCUAGUGUCAUUCUGUUAUAAAAAAUGUAAUCUGACACUGGAGACUCCUUCUUACAUUCUACAAUAAUGAGCUGCUGUUACAGAAAAUCAUUUCACAACUUCUGACCAAUCAGAAGGGAGAAUUUAAAAGCAAUGCGUUCGAAAUUUCAGUGUUAAUAAUCCACGUGCAACAUGAACCCGUGCAGAUAAACGUGUUUGAGUUAAGGAUGGGCGGCUUUGAACCCGAGGAAAAAAUGUAUUUAUAUAAUAUAGUAAAUCAUUGUAUUAUGUAAUAUUGUUUUAUCAGGGAUCCUUGAUGUUGCCAAGUAUUUUUAAGAUGCACAUCAGAUGUUUGUACAGUACUGAAUUACUGAAAAAGCAUGCUGUGUAAUUGAGCUUCACUUUGUGGUGUACACGUGAUAACGGUCUUCUUUACCAUUCAGUAGUUUGGUGUCAAAAGCAGCGAGGAAUCACAGGAAUUACAAGUCUGAAUUAGCAGGGAUUCAGUCUGCGUUAAAAAAAAGACAAAAAUAUGAAGUCGUUAAGCGA